CGUAUUAAUGGCGAAUUCAUGUGCGAGCACUAAUAAACGAAAGGGUCGCGCUUCAAGUAGUGAUAGUAAUAAAAAGGAGAGCACUCAGGAGGUCGUGGUCCUUUUUAAGUCGCAGCUUGUCAAAAAAAAUGUGGAACAUCAGCUGCGCCGUGAAAUUGAGAUCCAGACGCACCUAAGGCAUCCAAACAUCCUUCGAAUGUAUAAUUAUUUUUACGAUGAGGCGCGCAUUUUUCUGAUAUUAGAAUAUGCAGCGGGCGGUGAACUCUACAGGAGGCUGCGACAGUGUGGUACUUUCGAUGAUGAACGUACAGCAAAGAAAGUUAUCCAUCGUGACAUAAAGCCAGAGAAUCUGCUUCUGGGUCUAUUUGGCGAGGUGAAGAUAGCCGAUUUUGGGUGGAGUGUGCAUGCGCCAAAUUCCAAGCGAAAAACGAUAUGUGGCACACUGGACUAUAUGUCACCUGAAAUGGUGGAACGCCAGAGUCACGAUGCUACGCCCCCGUUUGAACGCGAGGACGCCAAAGAUACGUACGCUCUUAUCAUGGCCGUCAAAUAUAUCUUUCCAGAGAGCGUUAGCGAAGGUGCCAGAGAUUUGAUCAGCAAGGUACAUAUUUUGAUCCCAGUUGUUCAAUGUCAUACAUAAAC